AUGGCGAACCAGUGGGAGCGGUUCGUAUGGCUCGCGCUCGAUGCGCCUGACACCAUUGUCGAGCGUGCACCGCUGGUGAUCCAAGUCGCUUGGCUGGAGGACACGCAACUGCGUCUCUGGGAGCCGGCUGCUCGGGAACCUCUCAAGAGAGGCGACGACGCGGCACUGCGAACAUACCUGCGUGACGCUGCAGAGUGCCCGUGGGAUCCUGCUACAGACCCGAGUCUCGUGCGCGAGUUUCUUCUUUCUAGAGCAGUUGAUUGCGCUUUUCGUGACGAGCUCGCGGAGCACGCCGGUUGCGUCGUCGAUGAAGAGCUGGACACCGAUUUCAUUGCGGAAACUAUGGCUCUAAGUGAGGAACUUGUAAGAGCAGACGACAAGAAGCUGCCGUUGGAAACGCAGGACUUGGACCCCGCAAGCUUCGACUUGCUGCGAGCUGAGCUGGCGCUACCGGCCGCAUCAGCUCGGGAGGUGCUUCGUGCAGGGGCGCACUGGGCGAUAACGCGUUGGCCACCACGCGAACAAUGGCUACCACCAUGCAGCCGUGCGGAUGCACCGGCAACUACAGCUCUGGCGGCGACUGGAGGCGUUCCCUCAGAGGCGCAAGCUACUCCGGAGCCCAUGUGCACGGAAACCACAGUUUCCGACGCAACAUGUGCAUUGCCAUCCGGAGUCUAUGCACAGCUUCAACGUAUUGGGCGCCAGUUGCAUAACGAAGAACUCCUCUACACGCAGCAUCUACUGAACGCCGCUCUCGAACGAGCACAGACGAUGACUGCGAACCCUCGUACUGAGGCGCGCCUGGGUCGCGUCGGACAUUGA